AUGCGUUACUCUCCUCUGGUGGCCCUUCCUCUGGCGGUCUCCGCCUCGCCUCUGGUUCAGAAAGACUUGCUUUCUGCUGCCAAGAGCGCGUUCUGCUCCCUCAACAACAACAUUGUCACUGCUCUCAAGCAACAGUCGACGGCUACCAGCUACUGCAGCAGCUAUCUUUCGAUUGCCACCAAGACCCUCUCUACUACGUCCACAGUGACUCCCACGAGCGUCCACGUAACCACGACCUCGACCGUCACGGGUGAUCCGUAUAUCACCACCGAGACGGCUACCGAGACCACGUCUACUGAUCUCUAUGUGACCUCGACCGUUGUUGAAACGGACACGACGACAUUGACUCUCACCACGUCUACUGUCACGCUUUCUUGCUUGAGCAGCGCGUACACGGCCGCGGCCACCACGUCGGCCUCGAAUGAGAAGCGCGGCAACGUGCAGAACCAGAAGGCCAACGUCCAGCCUCCAAAGCAGCUCCAAAGGGCCAAUGUGGCGCAGAACCAGAGGGCCAAGGUGGCGCAGCCAAGGGCCAACGUGCAGAAGCCAGCCUGCUUGCCUUCGACCUGGGCUGCUCCGGCCAUCUCCAGCGCCUGCUCCUGCUUGAGCAUCCCCACCCCCUCGACCACCACGACCAUCACAACCACCCUCGUGGCUGGCACUGUGACCGAUACUGCCACCCAAACCCUGACGCCCACUGAGACAAGCACUGUCACGACGACCGAGACGUCUACCAACACCGUCACUGACUACACCACUACCACCACGACCACCACCGAGACCGCAUAUGCCACUGCCACCACCAUUUCCACCAGCGGCCUUGCCUACCGCAAGUACACGCAUUCUUACAACGCAGACUCGUCCAGCAGCGGCUUCACCUCGACCUACUUCAAGACGGCCUCAGUUGACUUCAGCGGAACCAUCGAGGACGUCGACUUCUCGUCGCCGAACUGGCCCUCCGGCAGCCGCUACAUCACGCUUCCCGGCAACUCCCAGUUCGACUCGGCCUACGCCGCCGUGCUCAUGAACGGCUUUUUCGUCGCACCAACAUCUGGAACCUACACCAUCUCGUCGUCCAGCAGCUCCAUCGACAACUGGGGCUACUUGUGGAAGGGCGACGUUGCUUACAGCACCUGGUCCGAUAGCAACACCGCUUACCAGGCUUCAAGGACUGGUGCAGGCUACAUUGGAGGCAGCACCUCCUUUACCCUGAGUGCUGGUGAUGCCAUUCCUAUGACCCUGCUUUGGGCGAACGGCGGUGGUGUCGGCCAGUCUACCUUUAUCAUCACCCUCCCCAGUGGAUCGACCGUCAGUGACAGCACGGGCUACUUUGCGCCUGGCUGUGAUGCUGUUUUCUCGUAG